UGUUUUUGCUAAGAGUGAGACAGGAUAAAGGGUUAAAACUCAAAUAGAUUUUUUUUCAAAGAAAUACAUCGCUGUACGAAUCAUAUUUUUGAAAAUAUUAUCAUAACAAUAAUAUAUGUAUUUGUAGAAAAUAAAAAACCGUGAUAAAGUAGUUGUGAUAUCUUGUGUUUGAAAAGAUAUUGAGGGAUUAAAAAAUCUCAUUGUUAACAUCGGUUGAUUAUACAAAAUCAAUAUGGCGUCUUCCGGAGUGGAUUUGUCACAGCAUUAUGUUUACGGCGGCUUAUUCAGGGUUCUAAAUAGUAAUGUGAAAAAGUUUGAUGGCGAUAUGUCCGACAGUGUCACUCGAUUGAGCUACUACUAAAAGAAAUGGAAAGUAUUAAGAAGACUGACUUAGUGUAUUUAACAAAUUCGUAAUUAAUUUUUUAUAUAAACAAUACAUACGAGUCUUCUGUAAAUAAGUGCAGUUUUGUAGAAAAUAUUGCUUAAUAUUUAGAUAGUGAACUCUUAGGUUUUGUGAAUUUUGUCUCGCGAUGUCGCACUAUGAGUGGACGAAAUGAUCCCGCCUCAACUUUUGGAUCAGCUUCUUCACCGUUACCUCUCAUGGGUGUGGAACGUGGAACCGGUUGUGGAGGCGGGGGAGGGGGAGGGGGCGGCGAGGAACCUCUCAACGGGGUCGCCGUGGAGCGACGUGAUGACGAGCCGCCUAGAAAGAAGAGCAAGCUGCAUGGGGUCGAGGACGUGUCGGCGCUCAGGAAACGCGUGUUGGAGUACAAGUUGCUCCGGUUGAAGAAUCUGCGAGAAAGGUUCACGGAGCAACUGAGCGAGUUGUAUUUUCUUCAGGCGGGUGGAAACAUGAUGGACUACUCGGCUUGGCGAAAAAAACCUCCAGGUCCACAGCUGACUGCCUUUUUAGAGUCCCGCCGGCCGCCCCUCGUGGUGCCACCCCCGCCGGAGCCGCCCCCCCCAGCGGGCCAGGGUUUCCUCUCCGGCGGUGGCGGUGGCGUCCGAGCCGGCCCCGGCCUGUGCUCCUAG